GCGUGGCUGUCGCCGGAGUGUGACGUCACACCCCGGAACCUUCAGGAAGGUGUGUGCUGUGUUGCGUCAGGGGAGAAGAAGCAUCGCAAAGCUGAAAUUAGUUAACAAACCAACGGAAGCGGUCAGUGAUGUGGGUCUCACGCCUGUCGUGUCUGCGGAGCGGCCCUGCGCUGGGGCUCCGCUCGGCCCUGAGUCCGGCUCCUGGGGGCCUGAUGAAGUCCAGUCCAGCCCUGAUCAGACCGCAGCAGGGUUAUUCCACCAGGACUAGACUGGGAUUCCGCCGGAGCAAGACUUCCAGAGAGCAAGUUCAGGAGGCAGCGUUUCAACCUGCUACAGACACCGCAAUUAAAAUCGACAGCAUGGGCCGGAUCGUCCUCGCUGGAGGCGCCGCUGUUGGACUCGGAGCUUUGUGUUAUUACGGAUUAGGCAUGUCCAACGAGAUGGGAGCCAUCGAGAAAGCAGUGAUCUGGCCGCAGUAUGUGAAGGACAGGAUCCACUCUACAUACAUGUAUUUCGCGGGCAGCGUGGGUCUGACGGCGCUCUCGGCCGUCGCGGUCAGCAGGACACCGGCGCUCAUGGGACUCGUGAUGAGGGGCUCCUGGCUGGCUAUUGGCGCCACGUUCGCUGCUAUGAUUGGCGCCGGGAUGCUGGUGAGGUCGAUCUCGUACGAACACAGUCCGAUGCCGAAACACCUGGCCUGGGCUCUACACGCAGGUGUGAUGGGAGCCGUCAUCGCUCCCUUAACUCUGCUGGGUGGCCCGCUGAUGGUUCGAGCAGCCUGGUACACCGCAGGAAUCGUGGGCGGUCUGUCGACGGUGGCCAUGUGUGCGCCGAGCGAGAAGUUCCUGAGCUUGGGCGGCCCGCUGGCCGUGGGCUUCGGCGUGGUGUUCGCCUCGUCUCUGGGCUCCAUGUUUCUGCCCCCCACCUCUGCAUUCGGGGCCGGUCUGUACUCGGUGGCGGUUUAUGGAGGUCUGGUCCUGUUCAGCAUGUUUCUGCUGUAUGACACACAGAAAGUCAUCAAGCGUGCCGAGACACACCCUCUUUACGGCGUUCAGAAAUAUGACCCCAUUAAUGCAUGUAUGGGCAUUUACAUGGACACGCUCAACAUCUUCAUGCGACUGGUGAUGAUUCUAGCUAACGGCGGCGGAAACAGAAGGAAGUAGCCGUAAGGAGACAAGAACACAUGACACUGACUGGACGAGAAAGAUUUAGCUGAACAAAGUUUAUUCAUUUAUUUUGCAUUUAUUUGUUUAAAAGCAGAUAAAACCUUUGGAUUGCUUUCAGCUGAAUUGCAUUUUAAACAUGUCCAACAGUACAAGGUAAUUGGCAUAGUUAAUUCAAAUUAGGCUGAAUGCAGAUCGUCUUCCACAGCUGGUGUAAUUAUAACAAAUAUUUUUGUAUAUUUAUUUUAGG